AUGUCUGACCAUAACUCUGCCUCUGAUUCAGAGUCCAACAAACAACCUCCAGCAAAUGAAGAAGAUGUUGCUGUCCUGCAAUCUUACCUUGAGCAAUGGCGCUCUGCUGCUGCAUCGGAGCGAAAGAAUAUAUUGAAAGCAGCUACAAUGGAAGCCCAGACAAAAGCACCAGUUAUGUCAAUUGUACUGUUCAAGGCUUGUAAAGCAUUCCACAACCAUGCAAAGGUGAAGAAACUGGGGAAACCCCCAAUCAAGAUGGGGCAGAAAUGGACCGAGAGAAGUGUCGUAGACACACUCCGGAAAAAGGAACUCUUGAAAAAAAUCGAGGACAAGACUGGUGCCAAACACAGAACAAAGGAGAUGAUGAACCAUUACACAGUCCACCUAAACCGCCUGAUGGCAUCACUUUCACCAGAAGAUCUUGAACAAGCCAAAGAGACAGCUGAUGAGUGA